UCCUCCUUCCGGGCCGUUGCCAUGGCAGCAUGCUGCAGCCGCCGGCCUGAGGAAAUGGCGGCGGCCUCCGAAGCGGCCUUGCUGGGCGCCUCGUGGCGGCGCUACCGGGCCCGGCUGGGCGCCCUGCGGUCCGAGGCUGGGCCGGGCCCGGCGGGCGAGAGCAGCAGCAGCCGGCGACGCCGCGACACCGAGCUCCAUCUCCUUUUCGACCAGCUCCUCUCCGAGGCCUGCAGCGGCCCGCCCGGGGCUGCCGCCGCCGCCGCCUCCCCGCUCUUGGCAGCCGGAGGGCCCGGGCCCGAGGAUGUUUGUGAGUUACUUGUCGAAGCCUGUGAACUCGUCCAGCUGAAUCAAGAGCAUCUUGUCAUCAAGGUUUGCCAGCUGAUUCACCAUUUGCUGACCAGAUUCCAGGUGAUAGUUGAUGAAGAGAGCCUGAAGUUCCUCCUGCCCUAUUUCAUCGCUGCGCUGAAGCAAUGCAGCCCCUGGACGCAUGUUGAAAUCCUGCAGGCUGUGGCAGCGUCUGUCUACCACAAUGGACCCAAGUGCCAGAAGUAUCUUCCGGAUUUGCUGGGGGAAAAGGGGCUUCUGGUCCAGUUCAGCAGUCCGGCUCAGACAGAUGUCGAACUCAGGAGGGCCGCAGUGCACGGCAUGGCCAACCUCUGCCUCAGCAUGCCUGGGCAGCUGUACCUGGAGGAGCCUUACCGAGAGCGCUGCUUUCAGACGUUCCUCAGCGUCUUACAGUCUUCCAAGGAUGCCGUGGUGGACGACGUCACCUUUUGCAUGUUGUUACAGAAUGCCUUGAAAGGAACCCAGUCGCUCUUAAAUGGCGGGAAGAUGAAACUGACCCAGCCUGACCAGCUGGGCUCCCUCCUGGCGGUGUUAAAGAAGUGCAUGUUCCAUGGGCUUCCGGGGCUGAACAUUGAAAUGCCGGCCAUCUUAUACCCAGCGCUCCUUCCUCAGUACGACAGCCAGUUGGCACUCAAGCAGGAGAAGCCAGAGCCUAGCAACUUCAAGCCAGCGGGGAGCAGAAGGAAAAAGGCCAAGGCCAAGCUGAAAAAGGGUAAGCCGGAGGAAGAGCUGAGAGGUGAGCAGGAGGGCAGUGAGGGAGGCGGCCAAGAGAGGCCCCAGCCGCCUGGAGACGGGCAGCAGGACCCUGGUGCUGCAGAUGCCGGGAUGCAGCCCUCCUCGGAAGAGACCCGCGCUGCGUUCACCAAAGACCCUCUGCCUUUGCACUCCCUGGGCUGGAAAAGAAUCAGCAGCAGCGACUCGGAGUAUUCGGAUGCUGAAGGUGGAUUGCAGAGCAAAACAAGGUCUUUCCAAGCUAAAGUCCGCCAAGGAGCUUUAACCUGCUUCCUUUCCGCCGUGAAAUCCAUUGAGAAGAAAGUCCUUUACGGCUACUGGCCAGCAUUUGUCCCGGAUGCCCCUGGAAUUGGGAGUCCCCAAUCCGUGUCCUUGAUGACGAUUGCUUUAAAAGAUCCUUCUCCAAAGACCCGUGCCUCUGCCUUCCAAGUGCUCUCCGCCAUCCUGGAAGGCUCCAAGCAGUUCCUUUCCAUUGCUGAAGAUGCGACCGACCACAAGAGGGCUUUCACGCCCUUCUCCGUCACCCUCGCGUCCAGCAUCCGGGAGCUGCACCGCUGUCUGUUGCUGGCCCUGUUGGCCGAAACCUCCUCUCAGACCCUCACCAAGAUCAUCAAGUGCCUUGCCAAUCUGGUCGCCAAUGCCCCGUACAGCCGUCUCAAGCCUGGGCUGCUGACCCGAGUGUGGAGCCAGAUCAAGCCGUAUAUCAGACACAAAGAUGUCAACGUCCGCGUCUCCAGCCUCACGCUGCUGGGGGCCGCCGUGUCGGCUCAGGCUCCCCUGCCGGAGGUGCGGCUCCUCCUGCAGCAGCCCGGCUCCUCCGGGCUCGGCGGGAGCGGGGCCGGCACCCCCCGCCCCACAGCGCCUGCCCCCGCGGAGCCCUGCUGGCUGGCCCGGCUCUGCAUCUCCCUGGUGGCGGCGCCGCCCCGGGAGGACGGGUGCUCCGACAGCGACGCCGGCGGCGGGCCGGCCGCUGGCCUCCACGAGCCGCUGCCCGUCCGGCUGGAGUCCCUGCAGGUCUUGGCGCUUCUCGUCAAGGGCUACUUCUCUGUGGCCGCCCAGAGCUAUUUGCUGGAGCUGGGCGAAGUGGCUUGCAGGUGCAUGGAGGAAGUGGAUCCCUCUGUCCAGCUGCAUGGAGCGAAACUUGUGGACGAGCUCGGGGUAGGAAUAAUUCAGCAGCACAAGCCGGAUUCAGCGGUUCCUCCUGACCAGCGAGUGCCACUUGAUCUGGUUGUGACCUUCUGGACUCGGAUGCUGAACGGCCCCUUGCCUGAGGCGCUCCAGAACUCCCAGCACCCCACGCUGCAGACCAGCACGUGCAAUGCCCUCUCUUCCAUCCUGCCGGAGGCUUUCAGCACCCUGCCGGAAGACAAGCAGAUUCUCUCCAUCACCAUGCUGCUGGGGCUGAACCACAGUGAGAAUGCGCUGGUGAAAGCUGCAGCGGCCCGCGCCCUCGGGGUCUACGUGGUCUUCCCGUGUCUCCGGCAGGACGUGAUGUUUGUUGCGGACGCUGCCAACGCGAUCCUGAACUCGCUCUGCGAAGGCUCCCCGAACGUCCGUGCCAAAGCGGCCUGGUCCUUGGGCAACCUGACGGACACCCUGAUCAUCAACAUGGAGCUGCUGGGGCCACAUUUCCAGGAGGAAUUCUCGGAUCUCCUGCUGCUGAAAAUGUUACGGGCAGCAACGGAGGCGUCCAAGGACAAGGACAAGGUGAAGAGCAACGCCGUCCGUGCCCUGGGCAACCUUCUCCACUUCCUCCAGCCCGCCCACGUUGCCAGCCCCAGGUUUGAGCAGCCCAUCGAGGAGUCCCUCCAGGCUCUGAUCGCCACAGUGCAGAGCGAGGCCACCAUGAAAGCCCGCUGGAACGCCUGCUACGCCCUUGGGAACGUCUUCAAGAACCCCGCCUUGCCGCUAGGAGAAGCCCCUUGGACCGCCCAAGUCUACCAGGCCCUGACCUUGGCGGUGCAGUCCUGCAAGAAUUUCAAAGUCCGCAUCAAAUCGGCCGCCGCCCUCUCGGUCCCCCGCGAGCGGAAGCGCUACGGCUCCCCUGAGCAGUUCUCGCAGGUCUGGGGAGCCCUGGUGGUGGCCCUGCAGAGGAGCGAAGAGGCGGAGGAUUUCCUGGAGUUCAGAUACAGCGCCAGUCUCCGGACGCAGCUCUGCCACGCUCUGCUCCACCUGCUGAGCCUGGCGGACGAGGUGGACCUGCCAGCCAUCGGGGCGACGGUGGCUGAGCAGGGGGUAGUUCUUGCCCGCUACCUGUUGCUGUAUAUGAAAUCGGGAGCCGAAGACGAGGAAGUGGGAGGAGGGGAGGACCUGCCGGAAAGAGACCAGAUCCUGGCGAGAGCCAUUGAGCACGUGCGGGGUAUUGAGGGCCUGUCGGCGGGAUGCCCAGUGAAAAGAGGGCCCACAGUCGCUUAUCUGGAGGACAUCUUGAAAACCCACAGCAAAAGUUCCAGAGGACUCGUAGAAGCAUGAGGAAGAGGAGGAGAGCACAGCAAACUUGCCUCUAGGAGGGAGGUGGCCAAGAAUGCCAGCGUGCCUGAAGGCAGGGCUGCUCAAGCUGGGGCCCCAGACAUUGUGGGACUACAACUCCCAUCAUCCCCAGCCAGCAGCCUUCUGGCUGGGACGGGGGGAGUUGUAGCCCAACCACAUCUGGGGCCUCGGCUUGAGAGCAUUGAUGCAUUCUUAGGCAAUGCUCUGAAGUGCUGGUAGCAUGCUUGUGAUGCGAUUUAAUUUUAACCAUGUGGUGUUUCACGCCAGAAUUGGAAAAUUGAGCAUCUUCUUUUCUUUUUGCCAAUCUGAUUUGAGUUUGUUUUUUUAAAAAACAAAAAAUUUAAAAAGAGCAUCGAUUUUUAUCCACUCUUAUCCGCACAAAUGGAGAUUAUAUUGUGGGGUCAUAUCGCCACAAAUCUGUUGAUGCGUGGGUUUGCUUGUGCUGUGCUGAAGUGCGUGGCCGCUGUUCUGUGUGUCUGAGGCGAUGAGGGAGGAAGGGUCAUCAGAUCUGGUCAUCAGGGUGUGAUGAACUAUGACUCAGUUCAGACAUCACACCAAACCACGGGUAGGCAAGUUGAGCUCUGGUUGGGUGUGGUGUCCAAAUUAACAAACCCUGGCUUGCGAUGGACUGACAAAGGGGAACCUGGAACCAUGGAGUGGGUCAGCACCACUUGGUCUCGUUAAGGUUUGGUGUGAUGUCAGCACCAAGUAUGGCUCGGCACAAUGGAAUUAAUUGAGCUGGGAUACAUUCUCAGCCACUGUUGCUGAGAACGAUGGGAGUUGUAGUCCAGAAACAUCCGGGUAGCCAAGUUUGACAGUCCCUGCUGUGACGUGUCCCCGUUUCAGUGCUCGCUCGCACUCCCUCUCUCGGAAUUGGCUUGGCACAAUGAAAUUAAUUGAGCUGGGAUACAUUCUCAGCCACUGUUGCUGAGAACGAUGGGAGUUGUAGUCCAGAAACAUCCCGGUAGCCAAGUUUGACAGUCCCUGCUAUGAUGUGUCCCCGUUUCAGUGCUCACUUGCACUCCCUCUCUCGGAAUUGGCUUCGUUUAUAAAUUGCCGAUUUGUCCCUUACAGGGCCUUGGUGUAUCUUGUGUCUUACCAGAAUGCCUUUUUUUGUCAUCUAGUCCAUAGCAGCUGCACUAAUGAUCCCGCUGGCUUCUUCUGUGAGUACUAGGUAAACAAUCUCCUAUCUUCCCCACCCGCUUGCUCCCAUCGAAGCCUGACGAAGUCCUGAGCUGUGGCAUUUGGCAUCCAGUAUUUUAAAACACUGGACUCUCCCAAUGGUCUCCUCCUCGCUUGGAAGGGUGUGGCAGAGGCCGAAACGGGAGCAUGCCUUCCUCCUCCUCCUCCCAGCUUCUGCUCUGAUUUGGCCUGCCGGGGGGGCCUUUUGUUUCCUCUGAAAAGAACCUCUCUGGGCUUGGUGUGGUAUUUGGGGUCUGGCUCAUCAGAAUCUUUCCGUGUCUUGAAAAGGCAUUGAUGGUGGUAGGUACAUCGGUAGGAUAUUCCAGAACGGACUUGCAGUUGGCCGGGGCUCGCUGGCAUGUCCCAGGGGAGCUGGAGAGGGUUUCUUGGUCCAGCACCGAAUUGGGUGUGUGGAAGGUGCUGGGGCCGCGGAGUUGAGUGGCAGAGCCUCCGUUUUGCAGGCAAGAAGGUCCCCGGGACAAUCCCUGGCAGCAUCUCCAGGUAGGGCUGAGACCGAUCCCUCGCUCGUUCGCUCUCAAGCCCUGGAGAGCGGCUGCCAGUCAAUGCGCAGGCCAUACUGAGCUUCCAUGGACUGACUCAGUAGGAGGGAGCCUCUUCUGCUGCCAGGGGCUACUGCGUGAGGGGCUGAUGCCCAGCAGCUUGGAAGGCUUAAACAGGGGGGAUUAGACAAGUCCAUGGAAGGCCCCCCUCUCCAGUCUCGCCCUCUCCGGACUAGAAGACAGAGUGUGUCAUGUGGGGGGUCCUCCUAGACCAGGCCUGCUCAACUUAGGCCCCCCAGCUGUUUUUGGACGACAACUCCCAUAAUUCCCAGCCACUGUAGCCAAUGGCCAGGGAUUAUGGGAGUUGUAGGCCAACGUCUGCAGGAGGGCCGGAGUUAAGCGAAUUGGCGGUGGGGGGAGUAGACAGAGUGUGAAUUGUCCCCCUUUGAGUGCCGAAGAUUCGCCAGGUGCCUCUUGUGGCGGUUGGUGCUCCGGAAGCUUGAGGACUAGCCACUUGGAAGACACGUGCCUUUUCAAAUGCAAGCUAGGCUUCCCAGAAAGCAGUCCGUCAGUGGACUUUAAAAUCCGAUCUCACACACCGGGCUGAUGCACAGCUUUUUUUCUUUUCUUUUUUUUUGCUGCCUUGAUUGUGGGGAGAGGGUUUCUAAACAGAGGUGUGGCUGCCUCUUUGCCCUGACUUGGCUUUUAUUGUUCCGUUUAUGGCCCGGGCCUGUUUACAGCCUUCCCAAUGAAUUGUUUCAAGGUGAGGGCACUUAGCUUAUCAGCCGCAGGGCUGAUUUGUGGCAUCCGAGCAGCCCCGGGGCUGCUUUGGGAAAGGGUCCGGCUUAGAGGUGCCUCCUGAGCUCUUCCGAUCCCUGUGCCGUGAGCCGGGGCUUUCGCGCUUCCUCCCUGCAGGGCGGCCUUCCUGUGUUGGCUUCCCUGCCAAGGAUUCUGCCGCAUGGCUUGCUUGUGAACAGCCAUUUGGGGGCAUCCCUUGGGAACCGAUUGCGCGCUGGGUCCUGUGCAGGGCCCUUGCCCAGAAGGUCGGUUCUGCCUUGUGAGUCCCGCGCCCACCUGGGCUCGUGGCUUGGCGGACUUCUCUUUUGCCACUGCCUCGUUGGGUGACCCCAAACCGGGCCUUUUCUGGCGUGUCCCCCCAGGGCUCUGGACUGUGCUCCCGAAUGAGACCAGAACGGCCAAAGCGUCAGCUGAAGAAACACCUGUUUUAUCAGGCUUUUUGUUCAUUAUGUCUCUGUAGCUUUAUUGACGGUUAUUUCAAACAGGUUUUCCAUGAUCUGGUGUUGUAACUGUUUGUGCUUUUCAUUUGUAAACUGCCUUCAAAGGUUGUCUGUGGGGUGGUGUAUCCAUGUGGGAAAUAAAUAAGCGAGCUGCCUUGAUGGAGAA